UAUUGUUGUGUUGGUUCCAGCGAAGAAGAAGCAGAAGCCACAACAAUAACACUGCUAGCAAAGAAGAGAACGCGAGCAUUUCGCGCUUGAAUUUGAGUCAUAAAUCUUCAUUCUAAUAUCAAACGACAGCUUCUGCGUAUAAGUAACGUCGCGUAAAAGUAGUUAGCGGCGGCAAGUUUUAGUUUUUUUCUGGUCGAGCUCCCAUUUAGACUUUCAAGCCGCUAGCUCGGCGUGUAGUCGGCGUACUUGUUGUUUGAUGUCAGUGGCGUCACGCUGCGUGUGCAAACAUGGAGAGUUUGUACAAGCGCAAAAUGUUCGCUUCGAUGCGCAAAACCAAGACCGACCUGUCGAAGAAGCGGCAGAUCGGCUUGCCGGCGUCCAUCCUGGACGACAGUGACGAAGGCUCCUUCUCCUCGUCCUCCUCCUCCAGGUCCCAGUCCGACUUCCACAGCUCCCCGGAGGACAGCGACCAGGACGAGUGGAAAAGGUCCGACUCCGGGGACACUUCCAGCGACCACAGCCGCUCCGUGACUCGCAGGAAGCGCUCCUUCCUGGGAGGACGGGACAGCUCGUCCUCGUCAUCGUCCUCAUCUUCCAGCACCGGCAAAGAUGAUGACGAUCGUGGGAAGGAAAAGAAGGCUGAUGUAAAAGUGAAGAAGACCGGGCAGCCACUGAAGAAGAGUCGGCUCCAGCGGCAAGAUGAUUCGGACUCGGACGGCGCGGACGAGAAGCGGAAAGAAGCCACCGAGAAGGCCAAGAGGAGACAAAGACACAACAAGCUGCUGGCGCUGUCCAAAAGGAUGAAGGCCCGGGUUCCGAGUCGGAGGUGGAACCGUGUCAAGCAGUCUUGUACUUUCAGGAUGAGGAGUCCAAAGAUGACGAAGAUGAAGCUGAUGGAGAUAAAGAUGGAGGAAAUGACGGCAAGGCUGAAGCAUCUUGUGCGGAUGCAGGAGAAAAGAAAGAAGACGAGGACAAAGAUAAAGCAGUCGAGAAGGUGUAAAUCGUGAGCAAUGGAGUAUUUACGUUAAGCCACAAGUCUACUGCGAUGACUCUUUAGUAUCAUGAAGGACAAGCUUGCAUACAAGGAAUCAAUAUUAAUUAAUAAUAAUAUGACAAUGCAGCUGCUUGUGAUGAAAAGUGGAGCUACCAGGUCUUCACUUUUUUUGUGAUUGGGAAUAAUCCAACUUGUUUUGGGUGAAGAAAUUAACCCUCCAGAAACUUUUUUUUUUCUUCUGUGUUCAGACUUGGCAGAAGACACAUUGCAGUAUGAGGGAGCGGGUAUGCAAAUGUCAAUGGAUAUACUAUCUAAAAACACAGGAAGCUCCAUUUUAACAGUAGCCCGCAGUGUCAAACAGAUGUUGUACAAAUAUGCUUUUUAAUAAUAGAAAAGCAGAAAAUACUGCUUCCUUUCAAGCAGGGGUCUCAAACUCCAUUUACCUGGCACGUCAAGUAUUCACUUCAUAAUCAUAUUCUAACCAAAUUAUGACAGACAUAUUAACUUGAUCCUUAGCUAUGGAAGGCCUCAAUUAAUUUAAAUACAAAAUGUAUACAUUAGAGAAAAAAAGGAAAGUUAUUUUUUGACACUGACGGGUUAUUCCGAAGAUUUUCAGAGACACUUCAGCUUGCUUAAAGGAACAACUAGCCAACAAACACACACACUGCAGGGCAGGGGUCUGCAGAGAUACUGCAGUGGGUGUCGUGAAAUUUUUAGGUUGAUUUACAUUUUUUUAUAUAUUUUUUAUAUACCCACUCGCAAUUUUUCCACAAAUGUAAAUGUCUUUAAUUACAAAAAGACAAUGAUCCAACACAGUGCGGUGUAGUUUUUAAAUGGCAGUGACAUAGCCAUUAUACUCACUGUACCUUGUAAGUUUGAAAUAAAAUCAUGUAUGAAUAAUAAUAUUAUUAUAUUCAUGCGAGUCGGGCUGCCUACAUCCAUUUGGGGGGGGGGGGGGGGUCCUUGUCCUGGAAAACAUUGAAGACCCCUGCAUAGGGCAACGAAUAUCACUAUUAAAGGAUGAUAUGUUUAAACUCUAAACAUGUACUUUUUCCAACUAUUUACAUUAAAGAUGCCGCAACAUGCUGGGUCAGAAAUUAUGCCAGUGUUCUGUCAAAAUGAUCAAAAAAAAGCUACCAUUUACUAUUUUCAAUGGAAACACAAUCUAGGGUAACAUUAUUUGCCUCAUUGUGAACUUCCUUACACUUUAAGUGUCUACAGGCUUACUGGUAAGAAGACACAAUUAAAGGAGCCAUAUGUCGGAAUCUGUCCAGAAAUGGUACUGCAGUCAUGGUCGAAAUUCUGUAGUCCCCCCCAAGGUUGCCAGAUACCCAAACGAAUCCAGCUCGAUCGACUGGCCUACUCCAAGGAACUUCCAACUUCCACUGCCUCUUACUAGGGGUUGAGGUGCUUGGACCAUAAAAUCUGAAUAGAAAAGCGUUUUGUCAAUAACAAAUCUCUAACCAACACGUUUUAGACAGAAAUUAGGCUUUUUUUAGAAAGAAGUAUGUCAUGCCUGCGUACAAUAUCACAACAAAUGGCAAUCAUAUGGUUAUUGUCAGUACUAUCAGAAAACAAAGACUCAAACGAACGACAACUAAUGGUGAAAAUAAUUAUAACAUGCUUCGCAAUCUAUUGUACGCCCAAAACUAAAGAGGAGUUUAACCAAGGUGUGCCUAUAGGCUACUGUUUCAAACGUUUCAGAUUGCCAUAUAACUUGGUACAUGUAGUCCACAAUAUGCAAACACGAACGAGGAAUUAUUUUAUCAUGUGGUUUGGCUGUCUUCAUACGUUUCACCCAUUUCCUCAGCGUAUCAGCAUAUUGAGAACGAAAUAGGCACUGACACUACCUAUAUCCAUGUAGGUUUUAUUUGUCGAAAAUAUAUUUUGCCCUGUCAGUUCAGUUUCACACCGACAUACAGGCUAAUGGGAAUAUAUUUCACCUAUUAGCCUAUAUGUCGAUGUGUAUGCUCCCAUUGACCAGGCUAGCAUGCUAAGCAUUCGUUACCUGAACAUACCAGUUUUGUUAGUCAAGUUCAUAGACUAUAUUGGACUAUGUAGUUAAAUACAAAAUGUCUGUUUCCAUUUAUUACAAGUAAUAAGAAAACGUAAUUGGCUUACUUACCUAUCAAGGAGGAAAUUAGCAAGUUUGGCAUCAGAUGAAAAACGCCUUCGAUCGUCUCCAUCUUUCAAACCCAUCACUGAUGCAAAUCCUCGUUUUGUUCCUGGCUUUGUCAUGAAUAAGUUGAGAAUCGUAACGACGCCUUUUAUAUUUCCUAAGGUAUGACAUGUUUAGUAACUUUACCAGUGGCAGUAGCUAUACUAAGAUGGCGGUGCGUAACUAGCAACCUGGAUGUGACACAUUAAUGGAUUCUCUAAUUGGUUUAAACGGUUGAGGGAAGGGCAUCGAAAUGACAACAAUAACAAGAUUUCAGGGCUGUAAAUCUAAAUUUGAAAUGACCAUAUCCCGGCUGAACUACUGUUAUCAGUUAUAGAGGUGUUUGAAAAGAAGAUGAUUUAUUAAUGCCUUUUGACAUAUCAGGGCCAUUUAAUGAUGACUUGACAUGAAAUUCUUACAUAUGUCUCCUUUCAAGAAAUAUAAUUCAAAAUAAUGACUUGUAGGGUGAGUGACAGUCUACACAAGGUGAGUCUACACAAAGUAGUUGAUUUUGAUUGUUACUUUGAUCGAGGAAAACUUUAGCAUUGAUGCGCUGUUUUAAUGGGUAGCGCAUGUCGACAGAACACUGGAUCCCAGCAUGUUUUGAGAAAAUUUGCUUAAGUUAGGUGUUAAGAGUUGAUAUAUUUUGUUUUGGAGUAGUCGCUCUGUGUAUUUGUUGUGUUGCCAUUUUUGUGUUUGGACCGGAAUUUUGUGUUCUGUCCACAAUUUUGUUUUAUUUGCAACUGCCCAGUGUGCGCGGGCUGCAUUUACACUACAAUAUGAUUUGACGUACAGCAAGGGGCUGUGAGUUUGAGACCCCUGAUGUAAAGUGUUCCCACCCUACAUGUGUACAACUUCAGACUUGUGUAUAUGUUUCUUAAGUGGUUCCGAUGAUGUGGAAGUGUCAUCUCAUGAGAUUGCUGUGGUUUUAAAACAAUCCCUGCUUUUAUUUUUAUCAAACUCCUAUAUCAAACUCCUAAAUCUUGUGAACGGUCGAGUACGAGAAUUUCAUGAGAUUUCCAUGAGAUUUCCAUGAGAUUUCCAUGAAACGGUUUGAAUUCCUCUCGUCACAACUUAAGUUGACUUUUCAUGUAUGACAACUUGCCCGGUUUCCAGCACUAAUCACUGCUCAGUAGCGUUUUAUUUUUUUUUAUUUUUUUUUAUGUUAAUAGGGUGUAGUUUUUGCCUCAUCCCUCACGUAAAGCGUGAGUGAGGAAUGCACCACAGACCUGAUCUGGCCUGAUAUGUCCAAAAGAAAAAGAGAUGAUACAGUAUUAUCUGCUCACAGAUGCUAUCUGAUGCCACCGUGAAUCCGAGCAAGGCAGCAACAGGAAUAUGUUUAGUUUUCCAGGUAUCUAAAGACCUACCUCACGAUUACUCCUUCUCUGUUUUGGUGAACAUAUUUUGCCAGAUUGUCCAAUAUUUAUCAACUUAUACCCAAUUUUUUCUUUACUCAUUGAGGAAGCAUGGCUGUAUGCCAGUGUUUUUCAACCACUGUGCCGCGGCACACUAGUAUACCGUGAGAUAUUGUCUGGUGUGCCUUGGGAAAUUAUGUAAUUUCACCUAAUUGGGUUAAAAAUAUUUUUGGCAAACCAGUAAAUAUAAUCUGCUAAUGUGCCGUUGUUGACUGUCUGUACUGUCAAGAGAUCGGCAGAGUAACUGUGUAAUACACUUCCAUAUCAGUAGGUGGCAGUAGGAAGCUAUUUGCUUCGUAGAUGUCGGGAACACUGUUUGUCAUGAUCACAACAUGCAGGUGAAAAGGUAUCUAAUGCUUAAACCAGUAAUAAACAAAAUACGUUAAGAAAAGGCAUUGAAGCUUAGGGAUGGCUAUACAGAACGAAACUUAAAGGACUACUGAAAUUAGAUUUUCUCAUUUAAACGGGGAUAGCAGGUCCAUUCUAUGUGUCAUACUUGAUCAUUUCGCGAUAUUGCCAUAUUUUUGCUGAAAGGAUUUAGUACAGAACAUCGACGAUAAAGUUCCCAACUUUUGGUCGCUAAUGAAAAAGCCUUGCCUGUACCGGAAGUGACGUCACGGGUUGUGGAGCUCCUCACAUCUGAACAUUGUUUACAAUCAUGGCCACCAGCAGCGAGAGGGAUUCGGACCGAGAGAGCGACGAUUUCCCCAUUAAUUUGAGCGAGGAUGAAAGAUUUGUGGAUGAGGAAAGUGAGAGUGAAGGACUAGGAAAAAAAAAAGGGCAGUGGGAGCGAUUCAGAUGUUAUUAGACACAUUUACUAGGAUAAUUCUGGAAAAUCCCUUAUCUGCUCAUUGUGUUACAAGUAUUUUUACCUUUACAACCUGAUGGUCGGCCCCGCACCUUUCUUCAGCACCAGUCGACGGGUGGUGGCGAUGCCCAUCUCUGCCCUUCACAAGGGACCCUCUUCGAAACACAAUCUUUCGAAAUGAUCGCUGCAUAAUACACUGUACUUUGUGUGAGUGGUCCAAUCCAACCGUAUUCGCUUGACCGCUCUGUUCCAUAGUAAAGCUUCACUGUCAUCUUUCGGGAAUGUAAACAAUGAAACACCGGCUGUGUUUGUGUUGCUAAAGGCGGCCGCAAUACACCGCUUCCCACCUACAGCUUUCUUCUUUGACGUCUCCAUUAAUCAUUGAACAAAUUGCAAAAGAUUCAGCAACACAGAUGUCCAUAAUACUGUAGAAUUAUGCGAUGAAAAGAGACGACUUAUUGCUGUGAACGGUACUGGAAUAAAAUGUCCUCUACAAUGUGUGACGUCACGCGUCAUCAUACCACGACGUUUUAGCAGGAUACUUUCGCGCAUAAUUUAUUAUUGCAAUUUAGUAAACUAAACCGGCCGUAUUGGCAUGUGUUGCAAUGUUAAUAUUUCAUCAUUGAUAUAUAAACUAUCAGACUGCAUGGUCGGUAGUAGUGGGUUUCAGUAGGCCUUUGAACUGAACCGGCUGCAAAGUAAAGAAAAACAGAAUCAAAUAAACUUUUUUUAUAAAGCACAUUUAAAAUUUACCGCAGGGGGAGCCAAAGUGCUGUACAAUAGGUAGGUUAAAAGAUAACCCAAGAAAAACGAGCAAACACAACACAAACAGAGCACGAUAAAAAUAAAUAAAUAAAACAUAAAAACAGGUUUACAGCAGGUGCAUUAUGGGAUGCCAUAGCAGGAUGGAGAUCACAAAAUGUUAAAGGCCAUGGAAUAAAAGUGUGUUUUUUAGAGUGAUUUAAUGAAUGCUGGACGACAGCAAAGACUUACAGCGUGUGGAGCAGACGGCGUCCACAAAGUACAUCCAUACAUGACAUGACAAUUAACAACAAAAUAGGAGCAAGAACUAAAACACUACACACAGGAGUACACUAAAAACUCACAAUAAGUCACGUCGUGAUGUGACAGAUGGUGACAGUACAUCUACUUUGAGACAAGCGCUACAGUGAUGCAUGGCUUGUUAUGGUUUAAAGUCAUAUCCAACAAUUGCGAGAACAACUUUUUACUGUCAAUAAUGGCUACUGAGUUACAUUUUUUUAUCUUUUAUGCUGGUGGUGUGCCUCCGGAUUUUUUCAAUGAAAAAAAUGUGCCUUGGCUCAGACAAGGUUGAAAAACACUGUUCUAUGCAGCCCUUAACCAAUCGCAACAGAAUAAGUGUGGUCAGUGGCGGAGCUGCAGAAUCCAUGAGUUUUGGCCAAGAGAAGAAUGCAGAUUUUUUUUUGCAACUAAAUGAGUGUUUUUUUUUUUUAAAAGCUCCUGAAAUGAAAUUGAUUUGUUUUAAAAGCCUUGUUUUAUGCCAAUAUGAUGGCCAAAAUUUCUGCAUAAGUUAUUUAUUGCACGUUUUCAUUAUAAAUUCAUAACCUGCAUAUGAAAAUGACUUCAGCACCGCUUCAGACGAUCGACAUCAGCUGAGUUUAGGAACAACGUGAAUUGAGUGAUCAUGCCAGUGCUAACACGAUAUAUUUUAAUUAUGUUCUUCUACCAACACAUUUGUCUGUCUGUUAUCUACUUAAAAGACACAAUUCGUAGCCUAUAGUGGGUCAUAUUUUGAUUGCUGUUAUAACAAUCUUAAUGAUUUGUCUUUCAAAUAUCUUAUUUGACAACACAUUCUUAUGAAUGAACUAAAAGAUUGUAAUUGAUGAUGAGCAUGAAUGAGGCUUUUGAUGGAAUUAUCUUUUUAUGACUUGACUUAAGUGUCAAGACAUGAGGCCGCUUGUAAAAUACAUGUAAAUGUUUCCAAAACAACCUUUUUACUAUGUAAGAAGUUAUGUGUGUAAAUGUAACACACCGGUCAUUUGAAAUGUGCUUUUUUUUUUACCUUCAUGACUGCAUUUCAGUGACGAUGUGCUUACAUAGUAAAAACAAUAAUUCUGUGUAUAUUUGCAGCUCCAUAGAAGAUUGGCAUAUUACCCACUGUCAUCUGCAGCAGCUUAAAACAAUCAUGUUUGAGGCCUUGAGUGUUUUAUUCAACCUGUCAGCAACAAUGUUGUGUGUUUGUUGAAAAGCAGCAAGCUUCAUGAUUAAUAAAGAUUUUCUUCUACCCAAAAA